AGGGCACCGUCCAUCCGUGCACAGCCAACAACCCCGAGAGCUGCUCCUCGUCGCUUUCACCCCAGGACUUUAUCAACUUGUUCAAGUUCUGAAUCCCAACACGUGACAGCAUUUCACAAGGCCCCUGCUGACCAGAUGGCUGGGAGUUCGGAGUCUUCCUUUGUAAAUAGUACAUUUUAAGCAUUGGCUUGAAACUUCUGAGCUAAGUCACUGAGAAGACGUUGGAAGGAAGAGACACAGUUGCCAAUGGGAAUUUACAAAUGUGAACUUCACAUUAGAACUGGUACGGAAAAACAGAUACUGUAAAUAGACUUUUCUUUUUUUCCCUAACAAUUUGCCAGCAAGACUGUAAGGGCAAGAACUCUAUGUCUGCUAUGAAAACGGAGUCCUCUUGAGUUCAUGGAGACUUUCCUAGUUCUCUAGGGAGAAAAAGGCAAAACUCGAAUACGAGACAGAACACUCUUGUUUACAAUGUGAUAUUGUUAAAAUAAGAAAGAAGGAGAACGGAUGCUACAAUCGAGAAGUCCUUGGGCUUUGGGGUUGGUUUUAAAUAGGCAAUGAUGUCCGCCCAUCUGAAACCUGCACGGGGCAUAAGGCCUUAUCCUACCAAGACGCCACACACUAGUCUACCUCCAGAAGCAUGGAGCGCUCUCUGGCAGCGUACAUUAUCUAGCAGGCAAAGUCUGUGUUUCAUGUAAGUUCUUCCAUCUGUAAAUGAGCUAAGAUGGGAACGCUAUUAGGAAAAAACCCUCCUCUUGGUUCUGACUUCCUUUUCCUUCUUCCCUCCCAGUAUCUACGCCUUUUUCCCUCCCAUGCCCUAGCUCAUGUAGGGAACCAGAAGGCCCUUGUAAGCACAGCUCCAGCCAAAGGUCAUGAAGAGCUAUAGAUUAGGCGCCUAUAGAUGUGGAGGCUUGGCACUUCUGAGUUAACUCUACCCUCUUCUUGCUUAACUUCUGGGCUUGUCUGGGCUUCCAUGGGUGUCUUCAUGGAUUAGUGAAUGUCUGUGAACUUAGUGGAGCCCGAGAACCGCUCGAGAGACGUUUUCACACCAGCCAAUUAACCAGUCUGAUAGCUGCUGCUCCCCCUGGCAGGGUAAUGAGCCAAGGCUCUUUCUGUUCUUCAGGUCCAACAUCAAACCUGAGGCAUCCAAAACUGGGACUUAUCAAAGCAGGAUUUAAAAAGAAGCCUGGAGCUCCAGCCAGAUAGAGAGAUGAGUUCACCUUCUUUCAGGACUGAGUUAAAACAGAGAGUUAAGAGACAAAGGAUCCCAGGGGGUCUUGCAAGGCAGAGAUGAACACUGUGGAAGAAAGCAAAUCUCAGGACUUCAGGAGUUGAUUCCUGGGGUGGGGGCAAUGUUAUUUUUUACUUUUUAUAGAUUGUUGCUUUUCUACCAUGUACAUAUAUUUGCGGUUGUAUUUGCUUUUUUUUUUUUUUUUUUUAA